CCGCGACAUGCGGCUGGAGGGCAGCUGAGCCGCAGCCCACGGCCACAGCCGCACACCGCCGGAGAAGCAUGAAGUCACAUUGACAGGUACGUGCAUGCUGAACUCUAAAAUGGUUGCACGGCUGUGCCGAAGGUAAACUGCCAGGGGAACCCAUUAAAUAAAGAGAUCUGUGCCAUAUAUUUAUGUCUAAAUAAAUAUAUAUGAAUUUAAAACUCAAAACAUUAAAGGGAUACCGAUGGAGCAGAGUAAUAAUGACCCUUCACUUAAUGACCUAGACCCUGGACUUAGACUCACAGAUACUGAAUGCAGGAAGCAGAGUGAAUCUGAUCACGCCUUGUCCAAGAUAACACACAACGCUUUGGAGAACAUCGGGUCUAUUGGCCAAGGGUUAAAGCAACUCUUUCAUCACCAGCGACGGCGAUCAUCUGUGUCCCCUCAAGAUGGUCUCCAAGCUCAGGCUGAUCAAGAGCUGUCAGAGCUGGAAAACUCUAAACUUGCCAGCGAGACCGAAUCAGUGCCUAUCCAGCAAUCCACUGCCCAGGCCACAACCCUCAACAGGGUCCUGCAGCAGAUCCGAGUGGCUCCAAUAAUGAAACGAGGAUCAAGUCUGCAGAGCAGAAGGAGUAAAGUGGAUCUUCCUCGGGGAAGUCCCCAGAUUUCCAGAAAGUCCGCCCCAGAUGGUAUCCCUGGUCUCCUUCUACAUUCUGGUCGACCUCGAUCUUCAUCUACCACAGAUGCACCAACAUCGUCUGUUAUAUUUGAGCCGUCAGCAAUCAGCCCUUAUUCUGGAGAUGAGCUCGACCGGAUCGACCGCUUGGAAGGGAACAGCUUUACGCAGUCGAGUGCUGUCACCUGCAGUUCUGAUGGCGGCAUUAGUGUGGACGGGAUCGAUGGUACUCUAGACCCUCAGAGGACUAAAGCCGCUAUCACUCACCUGCAGCAGAAGAUCCUGAAGCUGACUGAGCAGAUCAAGGUUGAGCAGACAGCCCGGGACGACAAUGUGGCCGAAUACCUCAAGCUAGCCAACAAUGCGGACAAACAGCAGAGCGCCCGUAUCAAGCAGGUCUUCGAGAAGAAGAACCAGAAGUCCGCCCAGACCAUCCUACAGCUGCAGAGGAAACUUGAGCACUACCACAGGAAGCUGCGUGAGGUGGAACAGAAUGGGAUGCCCCGGCAGACUAAGGACGUCUUGCGGGACAUGCAGCAGGGCCUGAAAGACGUGGGGGCUAAGGUGACAGGCUUCAGUGAGGGCGUGGUGGGCAGUGUCCGGGGAGGGCUGACCACCAUCUCUCAGGCCACUCACUCAGCCGCCGGAGCCGUCGUCUCCAAGCCGCGGGAGAUCGCCUCCCUGAUCCGCAACAAAUUCGGAAGUGCCGACAACAUUUCUAGCCUGGAUGAUACGCAGGGGGACGACUCCAUCAAGGCCCUAGGUCUCAGCGUUACCCUACAGUCCAGUCCCAAGUACGGCAGCGAGGAGGACUGCUCCAGCGCCACGUCGGGGUCUGUUGGUGCCAACAGCAUGUCGGGGGCUCCCGGCGGCCCCCCUAGUUCCAGAACGAACACGCUGGACAUGGGCAGCUCAGGGUUAGAAGCAAUAUUUCACGAGAUUCACGACGUGAGAGAGACACAGGCCGGGCUGGAGGAAUCCUUUGAGGGACUGAAAUCUCAUUAUCAGCGGGAUUACACGUUCAUUGUGCAAACACUACAGGAAGAGCGAUACAGGUGCGAGCGGCUGGAAGAGCAACUGAACGACUUGACGGAACUUCAUCAAAACGAGAUCCUCAAUCUGAAGCAGGAGCUCGCGAGUAUGGAGGAGAAAAUGGCCUACCAGUCGUAUGAGCGAGCGAGAGACAUUCAGGAAGCCCUGGAGGCCUGUCAGACGCGCAUCUCCAAGAUGGAGCUACAGCAGCAGCAGCAACAGGCCGUGCAGCUGGAGGGGCUGGAGAACGCCACAGCCCGGACGCUGCUGGGCAAACUGAUCAACGUGCUGCUGGCCGUCAUGGCCGUGGUCCUGGUGUUCGUGUCCACCGUGGCCAACUGCGUGGUGCCGCUGAUGAAGACCCGCAGCCGGACGUUCAGCACUUUGUUCCUGGUCGUGCUCGCGGCCUUCGCCUGGAAGAACUGGGAAACCAUCGCCGGCUACAUGGAUCGUGUCCUACCUCCGCCCGGGUGACGGGACGGUGACUUGUCGGGCGGGCAGACAGGCAGGUGGUGAACCUCGGGACUUUAUUAACGUGUGGAUGCCGAACCGGAGUGGAUUUGUUUACAGACCUACGUGGAAAAAAGACACUUUUUUGGGGGGUGGG